UGAAUCUCUCUCUCUCAUCUCUCUUCUCUCUCCUCUCUCCUCUCUCUCCUCUUUGUGUGUGUUCUAGGGUUUCUGGGACGGCGAUGGAGGCGAAGGAGGAAGCGGUGGCUACGGCUACGAUGGCGGAGGUGGAGGUGGAUGAGGAGGCUCUGUUCAUGGCGUCGGGGAAGGAGACGGGGAACGAGUGGGAGCUCUUCAAGGAGAACGUGCGGCCCCUCAAGCGCGGCCGCAACGUCGCGCUCCUCAACCACGCGCUCCGCUCCCACAUCGACCCCGCUCUCCGAUCCCACCUCCUCCUCUCCCGCAGGAGGAUGAUCGAGGCCAUCGGCGAGUACCAGGGCGACGAUCCUCUCCAGCCGUGGCUCGACUGUAUCAAGUGGGUCCAAGAGUCAUUCCCAAGCGGCGGCGAGUGUUCUGGACUUGUUGUGAUAUACGAGCAGUGUGUCCGUACAUUUUGGCAUGAUGAUCGCUACAAAGAUGAUUUGCGUUAUCUUAAAGUGUGGAUGGAAUAUGCAGAGAAUUGUGCUGAUUCUGAGGUAAUCUAUAGCUUCCUUGAGGCUAACCAGAUUGGGCAAAACCAUGCCAUCUACUAUACGUCAUACGCCCUGUGUAUGGAAUCCAAGAACAAGUUGAGGAAGGCAGACAAGAUCUUCAAUCUUGGUAUAGCUAGGAAGGCAGUACCAGUGGAGAAGUUAGAAGCUCAAUACAGGACAUUCCUUGUACGAUCAGUUCAAAAGCAGCAGUCCAAUGAGGAUGAGCCAACCAAUAAUCACUUGCCGGUUCGCAGUUUUGGAACUGUUUUGACUCCAGGACAAGGAAGACAAACUUUAGAAAGACAAACUUUAGGAAGGCAACCAAUAGAAGCUUCUAACUUCACUAGACCAAAGGUGAAACUGCAGAGGGUUGACAAUAAUAAAGCCCUUUCUAUUUACAAUGAUGAAAAUGCUGCAACAAGUCAACACCACAACAAAGCCAAGAGCAAUGACAGAACCUGGUGCACUCUUGGCACACAAUCGGAUCGAAAUAAAGAAAAUACUUCAAUCCCUACCAAAUGGACAUCAUAUAAGGUUCAGCAGAAAGUGGGAGCAAGAACAAUGCAAUCAGCACCUAGUCCUUGUAUUGAGGUUUAUGUGGAUGAAGAAUGUGUGCAAUUGCCAAAAGUUGAGGUUGCUACCAAGAGUUCCAAUGCUACUUCUAUCUUGAAGCUUCGGCAAGUGACAAGCCAAAACCUUAAGAAGGAAACAGAGUUGCUUAAAGAGAACCCACUGCGUAAUUUUCCUUUAAAUAGCCUUAGAUGAUUGAUCUUCCUCACUUCAGUAUUAAUUUGAUGCUUUCUUUGUUGUCUGCUGUGUGCUUAACUACGUUUCAUUGUGAGUGCGCGCUCUUGGUGUUGUACUGUAUGUACCAUAAGCUUUUAACUCUAAAGCUUGUAUACUUUGAUGGAGACAUAUGUUUUGUCUGUACCUUCUCAACCUUUUCGAAAUUGUGCUUCAUAUGCCUAUUUGUUCUA